UCGCAAUGGGCAGGAAUGUGAGGAGCUGGAGAAGAAAUGUGGAUAUAAAGACAGCAGCAGGGACAGGGUGGAGUGAGGCAACGAGGUAUCUUCCGCUCACUUUCACAUCUUAGGGGCCUAGUCGCCGACCUUUUCCUAUACCCGCUCUCCUCAGUCCCCUCGAGCCCCGCCUCGGGCACCACCACCAGCACCAGCAGCAGGUAAAGGUGAGGAGGACGUCGGGGUCACGCGGCGUGUGAAGAGCCCCUGAAGAAGAAGCAGACUGCGCGGAGGAGGUUGUGGCGGAGGCUCUCCGACUCUGAAAGUUAAACAGGCAGCAUGGGUGAGGCACCAGUCGGAGAAGAUGGUACAGUGACUCGAUCAGCAGAGUAUGUGGGCUCAUUUCCUGUGGAUGACCUCUGCUUGGAUGACCAGAUAGAGCAACUGAGCUCUCAACUGAAGUCCCUUAAAACAUGCAAAAGAAGAAGGCCCGUAUCCCUCAAAUUCUCCAUCAAAGGUGUGAAAAUGUACAAUGAGGAUGAAACGACACUCCUGAUGGCUCACGCUUUGCGCAGAGUCUCUCUGUCCACUGCCCGGCCCAUCGAUGCCCAGUUUGCCUUUGUCUCCCACAACCCAGGGAGCACCGACGCCCAGCUGUACUGCCACGUCUUUCAGGCCAGGCAUUCCCGAGCGGCACAGUUCCUGAACCUGCUGCUUUGCCGCUGUUUCCAGCUGUCUUAUUUGGAAAAGCACCCAGAGGAGGCCCAGGAAGACUCUGUUGCCUCAGUGCCUCAUCGCAGCCCCUCCCUGCUCAACCACGGCUUCCCUCUCAGCGUUAGCGCCCUGGUGUCCUUCAGAAGAGCCCCUUUUCAAGGCUGGUUUCCAGGAACUAAGACAAAUCAAAAGUCCUCUGAUGACCAAGAUGAAGUCUUCCCCACCUCCUCCCCCUCCCUGGUGCGCAAGAAAGCCAUCCGCACUAAAGCGCUGCGCUCUGGGGCCUACCGCUCCUUCACUUUCACACCACUCAAACAGCGCAACGUCCAGGAGCGACUGAGUGCGUCACAAGGAAAGGAACAAGACAAAACGCAGGUGAGGAGAUCCCGUGCUCCGAGCCUGGCCGAAACAGAAGAAGCACUGGCUCAAGCAGUGUGGUGCUGGGCUGGUAUCGCACCUGACAGCAGCUUUUCCCUGCUUGCUGACGAUGUUCUGGGAUCGUACCUCCUUUGCCCACAUCCUAAAAAACCCAAAUGUGGCUCCCUCAUCAUCCGCUUCCCCUCUGGCCUGAUCACCCACCUCAUCGAAAACACUCGGAAAGGGAAAUUCCUGCUGGAGAAAUGCAAAACUGAAUUUGGUUCCAUAGCAGAACUGAUCGAACACUACACGGACACUCUGGAUGAGCUGGCGUGUCUGCUGAGCUGUGCCCGGGUUAACCACUGUUACGAGUGGGAGGAAAGUAGCAGCAAACUGCAGGCUGUGAAGCCACUCAAGAAAAGCACCCACAGAAAGGAUUGGGUUUAAACUCACGACACUGGAUUGCCAACCUCCAUAAUAAGUGACUUCUCUUUAUAUUUAUAUUAUAUGUAUAUAGUAUGCCAGUCAUUUCAUCAAAGGGUACUUCUUUGUAAAGUAAUAUUUUGUGCUUGCUACUUUUUUAUGUUUUUCAAUACAAUAUUUUUAAUAUUUGUAUUUGUGCCUGUAAGGCAUCAGAGGCGUUUUGUUUGUGUUUUUAACAUGUGAAAUUUGAAAGUGGAGCGGCAUUUGUCCCGCAGAAUGUUGAACCUGAUGGCAAAGCCAUACUUUUGUUUUUCUUGUUUCAAGUUGCACAAAUAUAUUUGAUUACAUUUUAUUAUUCCUUGAAUUUGAAUCUUUCUUUAUGUGUUUAGGCAUUAAGCCUGGAUGAUAUGUAAGCAGUUAAUCCUAUAUACAAUGCUGUGUCCUAGGUAUAAGAACAUAUGACCAUAAUGACACCAAGUAUUUUCCAUAAGUUGACACCUCCAGUGUAUUUGUGUGUUUAAAUCACAGCAACUAAGAAGUCAUGUUCUGAUUUUCUGUGUUUUUAACGUUUGUGUGAAGUUAGUUUACUGGAAGUUUAAACUGGUAAUGUCUUUAAAUUGUCUGAAAUAAGAUCUUUAUCAUAAGAUUGUCUGUGAUGUUCUCUUUCUUUCUCAUUUUUAAAUUUAAGUAACUAAUUUGAGUACUUUGUACCAUCUUUUACACAUUAGGCCAACAAACUAUAUCCAUAUUGUUCACCCCUGUUAGAGAUUAAAACAACAGGUGUCCUGUUUUCAACCCACUUCCUGUAAAAAUGUUGUUUUUCCAUUAUUAUGUAUGACUUUUGCAUUAGCACAAAUAGUGGUGUUGAUUCAGUUUUAUGAUCAUUUUGGAGCCUGCAGUUUGUGGAGCUGUUGGAUUUGUAUUCCAUUCACACUGACAGGUGUUGCGCUUAUUUUGUCCAUCCAAUGUAUACCAAUGAGGUCAGGCUUAAUAACAGAAACACAUCUCUGUAUAAUGUAAUGCAGUUCAACAGCACCACGAACUCUGAAAUUAUCAUUGAUUCAACAACAACAUUGAUUCAACACCUCUCAAAAACUGAACAUUACAACCUUUAUGGAUGUAGAAAUUAUAGCAGAAGUGGACUACAUGAGUUUUAACUAGG